ACUCUGAGCAAUUACAGAUCAGUGAAGUCUGUUUCUGUUUUCAGAACAUAAUUUAUAUAUUCCCGAACGAUUAUUCCUUAUUCCUUAACCUAUAUCACAGAAAGUGGCUAGAAAUUGUCCUAAAAUAUAGUAGAUAUAUACACAUAGAAUUAUCUUAAACCUAAUUUAUUAUCAAGACAAUGAUACAGUCAAGAAUUAUUAUUUAGAAAAUUAGUAUUUUUGUGAAUAUUGCGGAAUAAAGUUUCAUAGUUAACAAAAAUGAAUAAAUUUAGUAAUCUUUGUUCUGUAAUUUUAAAGCACAAUAAUGUGCAUAAUAUCCAUACUUCAGCAACUACUUUAGCAUGGAGUAAAUCAAAUGUUCCUCAGAAAUUUUUAAAAUAUAAUGAAAAAAUAUAUCCUCCACAAGAAAAUGGGGAAGAGCCAAGACCUGCAUUUGUAUGUCAUCAGAAAACUAACAUGAAAUACAGUCCAGAGAAACUGUGGUACAUAGCAUGUUUUGUUCGAGGUAUGACAGUGGAUGAAGCAGUUAAGCAAUUAAGUUUUGUUAAUAAAAAGGGUGCAGUGUUUGUUAAAGAAGCUAUCCUUGAAGCACAGGAUCUUGCAGUAAAAGAACAUCAUGUAGAAUUUAGAAGUAAUUUAUGGAUAGCGGAAUCAUUUGCUGGAAAGGGUCCAGUAAUAAAAGGAAUAAGGAGACAUGCUAGAGGAAGAAUGGGUGAAGUUCGCUAUCAAUAUUGUCAUUAUUUUGUAAGAUUAGAGGAAGGAAAACCACCUCAAGAUUAUUACAAGCAUAACCCAAUGACACCUCAGCAGCAACUUGAUAAAUGGCUUGAACAAAUGAGGAAGAGAAAAAUAAUUAAUUCUUACUAAAAUGAAAAUUUAUUGUUAUAAUAUAAAAAUUAGUUACAAUACCAACUUUUAAUUAUUAUAUCGCUAAGGGGUUAUUACAUUAUCAAUUACACAAGGGUAUAACCAGAUUUCGAUAUAAGGGAAGGGGAGACUGUAGGUAUAUAUGUAAGAAAAAAUUGCUUUGCUGCUACAUAUCUGUAUUAGAUACUGUAAGUUUUGUUGACAAACGAUAAAAUAAUGCAUUUGGUAAUGUAAUAACUAAAUAAUACUUAUGUAAUCUUAGAACAGAACGAGUCAUCCAAUAGGAUUACCCUGGCAUUCAAACAAACCCUGUACCUAAACCUACAAUUGUAAUUUGAUAGUUUCGUAAGUUAUUUUUACCACCAUUAAUUAAAGUAAAUUUAUAAUAAUUAUAAAUUUAAAUGUAGGUAGUAGAUGGUUAAAACAUACUAGUCCUUAGUGAAAAUUAAUCUAUGAUAAAUUAAUAUUUUAUUACCAGAAAAGUUUUCAACUAAAUAUAAAUGGCAGUCAAGUAGUCUCAAUAUAGGAUAUAUUUUACUAUUAAAUGAUAAGUACUAAAUAUCAUAACAAAAUAGCAGCCAUAUUCCAUUUCUUAACUGUUGCUCUCUUGUUAGUUAAAAUUAUUAUUGCAAUAAUUACAAAUAGUCUAUGAUCAAAGAGUUCUC